GAAAAAUAUUCUCAUCAAUCAGAGUGGUAUAUUUGAUAGAAAAAUCAAUAUAUUAACUCUACAAGGAGAAGGUCUAACUUUAAAAAGUGGGAAGGCAUGCAAAGGUAACUAACACCAGGAACAGCAACAACACAUACAACUGGCCAAUAAACAUAUUUAUUGAUAUUUAGUCUCAUCAUCAUCAGUGAUCAUCAUCAAUCUUCAUUGUUUUGUGUUUUACUGAUCAACAGAGAAAGAGAAUUCUCAGUAUUAUCAAGGUUUCAAAAAAAAAGGUGCUCUUAUACAUUGAUGAAGGGAUAAUAAAUUGAUAUUUGUUAGAAUUUAAAAUGUACAAAUAUAUUCCUAGAAGUACUAGCAUAAGAGCAAAUAUUACGUACAUGCAGCACAUAUGUUCAUAUAAUAUAUAUGUAUUUACAAACAGAUACACACAUGUAUACAAAUAAUAGAAUGUUGUUGGCCCAUGUCAAUCAAUAGAAAAGGUAUUAAUCACAUUUUAGUAUAUUUAUAUAAUGGAAUACCCUGAAGUUCUUAAAAUCAACUAAAUAAUUCUACACAUACUGUGGGGGGCCGGGCCCCGGUGCCAGGCUGAGACCAGGUCGAGCAAUGUUCCCCAUUGACUCAAGCCAACCCGGUGGUUCCCCCUCCCAUUCCCCCACUUUCAAGGGCAUACAAAAGCCUUGUCAAGGCUAAGAGAGUUAAUUCCUAAAGACUGUGGUCUGCAGGUGUUGGCAGUAAUGCUACCUCCCUUUUUCUACCCCGAGUCAGAUAGACACAAACAUGGGAACUGUGUUUUGCUAGCAAUCUAUCAACAAGGUCUUGUGACCUGUUCAAAAAGUUCACAAGGUAUACAAGACUAAAUGUUUUGACUGGCAAUAAUCAUGUAAAACCUGUUUAUUCUUAAAAUGACCUAAUCCAUAAAAGUCUUAUAUUAUAAAAGAUUGUGUACAACAACAAUAAAGCCGUCACUUGGGCCAUCAGCCCAGGGGACCCUCCUGUUCCCAAACUUUCUCUUCUCUCUUUUUUCUUGCAUUCCCCUACCCUCAGAACCCUGACCUCGGUGUUUGUCGCGCCGGUCGCGACACAUACAGAUCUGGAAAGAUUUAAAUUUUACGUGAAAAGAAAGUGCAUAAAAUUAAUAUGAAACUUUGUGUUUCAAUAAAAAAAAUUCUCCAAGAAUGAAUACAAAAUAUUAUAAAUAGUAAGUCCUGAAAAGUAAGAUUACAUGUGGCUUUCACUUCCUCAAGCCUGUAUUUCUGUUCUGUUUAAAUGAUCUAAAACAACUUAUAUUGUUUUUGACUUAAAAAGUAUGAUUUUUAAAUACAAAAUAAGGGGUUCAAGAUGUGCACCCUUUCAAAUUCAGAUUAUAGUGAUAUCAAUAUUCAAAUAAGCAUUUAAAAAUUGAAAUAAAAUUUUACAAAUGUGUGAACAACUGUAUAGUCAUAUAAGUAUCACAACCGUCACUUUAAAAAUGUUCUCAGAGAUUCAUUGCCAUGAUAAAGUGACUUGUGAGCAGUCUAUUGCUAUUGUUUAGUUGAUGGAUACUAGUAAGAAAGGAGAGGGUAGGAAAAGGCAGGAGAAGGGAGGAGCGAGAAAGGACAGGAGCAAUGAAAGAAAAGAAAGAGAGAGGAAUAGAAGCAAGGAUUACCAUAAAGGUUUUAAGAGAGGCAGUUAACAUACAUACCAGGAGAAUAUUUCCUGUUUCUUCUGUCGCCUACUUACUGCUUAAAAUUACGCAGUAAUUUUUCCUGCUCUCUCAACAUCACACAUUUUGGCAUAUAAAACUCUUGGGAGCUGUCCAUCUUUCUUGCACCUCACAAAUGUCAUGAACUACCUUGCUCCUUCAUGAAUGUUCAGCUUUACCCAUACUUUUGUUCUGCACUUAAGGCACCCUGACUUUUUUCAUUUAGCUGAUUAUUUCUUAUUAUAAAAAUUCAUUCCAUCUAUUCCACAACUAGUCAAUGAUGUCUCACUCUCCUCCAGUCUGGAUUAGAUAUUCCCCUUCUAUGCUUUCACAUCAUACUUGCAAACCUUUCAUAAUAAAUUUUUCAUGAUAAUAUAAUUUACACUUAAAUAGUCUCUCCAUCUCCCCUGCUAGGUCUAUGAGCUUCUUGAGAGAAGGGACUGUGCUUAGUCAUAAAUGCUGGCCCAUUUUAGCCCAGUGGGAGCUCUUUCAUUUGGUUCCUGAUAUACCCUGAUAUCCUCCAUCAAAAUAGAUAAGCCUAUCAUAUUAUCUAUUUCUCUAUUAGAAGCCCAUUUGAAUUCAGGCGGUCAACACAAACAAAAUUUUGAGCAGUCUGCUGAUCAGAGACGUCAGUGACACUAAUCUAUUGAUCAGUCUGGGAGAAGAUCCAGGCCAACAUUCAACAAGUCUACCUACUACUAAAGCAGUGAUGAUGAACCCAAAACAGACUGAAUCUCUCUGUGUUUCUCAAUCCCUUGAAGCUGCUGAGGAUGAAAAGAGAGCCUGCGCAGUCCUCAAAACAAUCAUAAGAAGUACCGACUCUUAGUGUCCACCUUUAACAGAGGAAGAAAUUGACCCAUAAGGCAGUCUGGUAACUCACACAGAAAUCACAGCAGCCUUCUAAGCAUCUGGAAGCUACUUUGCUGUAAGAAGAAUGUUCUGACAUAUCUACUUGAUGAUGGAGAUGGAACUUGCAUUUGUGUAUACCACAGACUGCUUUGGAUAUAUUAUUCUGGAGCAAGGGAUAAAGCUACAGAUUCAGAAUUCAACAUGUGAUUUGAAAAUCAGCUCUUCUGCCCAAGUCAAUGGAUGGAUUAAAUAAUUCUAUGGUUUCUGAGUUUGUGUUGCUUGGACUCUCUAGUUCUUGGGAAACUAAAGUUUUUCUUACAUUAAUAUUUUCCUUGAUCUAUUUAGGAAUCAUCCUGGGAAAUCUCUUCAUUGUCUUUUUGGUAAUUUUUGAUUCUCAUUUACAUUCUCCUAUGUACUUCCUACUGGCCAAUCUGUCCUUCAUUGACGUGGGGGUUGCCUCUACCACAGUCCCCAAAAUGAUUAGAGACCUUUUAAAUGAACACAAGAUAAUUUCUUUCCAAAGUUGUAUGACACAGAUAUGCUUCAUCCACAUCAUGGGAGGAGUGGAGAUGGUGUUACUCAUCGCCAUGGCAUUUGACAGGUACACAGCAAUCUGUAAGCCUCUUCGCUACCUGAACAUCAUGAACCCUAAAAUAUGUGUUUCAUUUGUAAUUGCUGGCUGGGUCAUUGGGGUGAUCCAUGCUAUGUCCCAGUUUGCUUUCAUUAUAAACUUGCCCUUUUGCGGUCCUAAUAAAGUAGACAGCUUUUACUGUGACUUUCCCAGAAUCAUAAAACUUGCAUGCACAGAUGGAGCCAAGUUUGAGUUUAUUAUUGCUGCCAACAGUGGCUUCAUGAGCAUGGGCACCUUCUUCCUGCUAAUCCUUUCCUAUAUCUUUAUUUUGGUCACUGUCUGGAAACGUUCUUCAGGAGACUUAUCCAAAGCAUUUGUCACUCUGUCAGCUCACAUCACUGUGGUGGUUCUAUUUUUCACUCCAUGCAUGUUUCUCUAUGUAUGGCCUUUCCCCACAUCGUCAGUUGAUAAAUACCUGUUCAUUGCUGACUUUGCUAUCACACCCAUCUUAAAUCCCAUCAUAUAUACGUUAAGAAAUAAAGACAUAAAGGUAGCCAUAAAAAGAUUGAGCAAAUAAGGACAUUAUGUCAGACUCUGCUAACUGGUUCUAUCAUUGGAGCUCUCAACCUAUACAUCCAUCUGUCUUUUAUAUAUUUCUACCUAGGCAUCUGACAUUUAAAACAGACAUAAACUUAAUAUAUUUUCUACCUCACUGAUCAAAAUUCUACUCCUCUGUAGAGCAUUUAUUCAUUACUUUGGUUAGCAUGGGAGAUGUGAAUCUACUAUAUAAGGGUAUUAUUUUAUU